GGGAGACGUUGCGAGUGACCAUAUCUCAGGUAAGCAUACUGACAUACUGUAAAUUAGUGUUAGGAUUUAAUUGACUUCCUGUAACCCUAGAAAUAACCGGCCUCAAAGAAACGGAGAGCAAAAGCAAUAUAUGCCCUAAAUCAUAUAUAACGUUAUGGUCUAUCAUUGAGCAAAGUGAGCAACGAGAAUCAAAAUGGAUAUGGGUCGAGGUUUAGGAGCUCUCGCUUGACACCAUGAAUCAGGUAGAGCAGUCAACGCAAGCUGCACUUAGAAAUCUACACGAGGCUCGGAACGAUCAAGCCGCAUUACUCGAGGAAAAGGAACGGCUACGCAAGGGCAUGAAAUCAUCCCAGACGCGCGUUGCGACUGCGCAAGCCAGAAUAGCCGCUCUGCAGGAUAGAAAAAGAACCACGAAGCAACGCUUAGAGGAGGAAAUGGGCACUCGUGAGAACGAAUUCAGAAAGCGGUUAUUCAAGUAACAAGACCAACUUGAACUUAUUCCUGAUUCACUAUUUUUAAUUAAACAGUGGUCAGUGGUGCUACUCAUGCUAAAACUGUCUAGUUAGUGUUAGAUCUCAAGAGCACCUCUUCAUAUUACAUUCAUUACACGACUGUAAAUUCGGAACUGCAGGAGAACUUGGAUUACACAUAUUAGGCACCAACAGCGAUUGCGUGAUUUGCAAAUGCAGCUGGGCCAGGGUACGCGAGAAAUGAAGCGAUUGGAGGAGCUUGCG